CUCCUAUCUCUUCUCGUGGCUCCCAACCCUCCAUCAACACUCAGUCUCAGGGAGCUGCGGGAAAGCGGGCUCGUAAGAAGGCGAAGGCCCGCUCCAAAGCCAUGGCUGCUGUGGGCAGCUCGAGCCUCCUCGACAGCGGCGUGGAAGCCAUUCCAGUUCCAAUCUUGCACCCAAAAACUCACUCUGCGGAAGAGACUCACUCGUCCGAUGCUGCCCUGCUCGAUCGUCGGUUGGAGCAUCUCGUGAUACCCAUUUUGGAGCCUGUACAGAAUCCAGUCACCGGUCGUCAUGCAAGCGAUUACAACUCCCUCGCAGGUUGCAAAAUGGCAAAGACGAUUCCCUGGGAUGGUCAGCUUCGCUGGGCGAUUAAAGGAUGCAGCAUCUUCAACGACCAAGAAGAAGAAGCAGAUGCACUCUACUAUCCGAACAAUUUCCUCUCUCGCGUACCUCUUUCAAAUCACCUAGUUUUUCAGUACGGGCUGCGUUACAUCCCCUCGAUGACUGAAACAAACAUCUACCGCACCGUGACGAUCGAGAAUCUUCCUGCCAACAUCUCGCUGAACCAGGUGCUACCGAAUGUUUCUGGUGAGGUUUACUCCUCGCGUCUAUUCGACACCAGGGCCAUCACGGGAUACAGCACCGCGAUCGUGGUCUUCCUCUUGGAGAGUGAGGCGCGCAGCUUUGUCGAGAAGGCCAAGGAGGGGCUGCAUGUUGGAUCCGCCCAGGCCAAGGUUGUCCUCGUGAAUACUCCAACCUAUCCAAUGCCGGCGGAAAUGGAUAACCUGGUCAACAAAGGAUAUAGUCGAUGUCUCGUGGUCUCGGAUGUCAGCGCAACCAUUCAGAAAGACAUCUGCGGCGUGCUCAACCGCUCGGCCUAUCACUCAUACAUCGAGCGCGUCAAAGCUGGACCGUCUGCAGGCCAAGUCACUAUUCGAUUUCAUUGUAUCAAGUCAGCCGCGGCGGUGUUGUCACUGCUCCAGGGGCAUCCCAGUUUCUGGCAGUGCAGUGUCAGCUUCAUGAAGGAAGCUCAGGGUAAAUUGGUGUUGGCGAAGGCGUGA